CCCAUAAGCUGCACGGGCUGGAAAGGGGGCAGGAAAACCAGCGGAGGCUGCAUUCUUCCUAUUUAAAGCUGCAACACUUGAAAAAAACCUCUUGUUUGCAGACUUUGUGCUGGAGCUGGAAAAGGAACGACACACCGGGGGCUUCAUGGUGCUGAGAAGAGCCUAAACUUUUGUUUUCCCCUUAAGUACAUGCCUAGAAGCUGCUGGGCAUCAUGUCUGGCACGAAAGGGAGGAUUUUGAUAGCAUAUAUCUGCUUCAUAGGACAGUUUCUAGCGAUACGCGCACAAGAAGAAGAAAGUGGUGAAGUAGAUGACAUUGCCUGUAAGCAAGAUGAUAAAAUUUACAUGAACCGAGAUGUUUGGAAACCUUCCCCCUGUCAAAUUUGUGUGUGCGACAAUGGUGCAAUCUUAUGUGAUGACAUUCAGUGUCCCGAGAUGUUAGACUGUGACAGUCCUGAAGUCCCUCCUGGAGAAUGCUGUCCAAUCUGCAGAAGUACAUCUGGUGGUCGCCCAAAUAACCCUGGACUAGGGCCCAAGGGCCAGAAAGGGGAUCCCGGGGAUGUUCCAGCUGUAUCUGGUAUUCGUGGCCGUCCAGGUCCUGCGGGACCCCCAGGAUCACAAGGACCAAGAGGAGACAGGGGCCCAAAGGGGAGACCUGGUGCACGUGGCCCAGGUGGUAUGGAUGGAGAACCUGGAAUCCCUGGACAGCCCGGAGACCCUGGCCCACCUGGGAAUCCAUCUUUGCCUGGACAGCCAUUUUCCGCUCAGAUGCAGGGUGGAUUUGAUGAGAAAUCUGGACUUGGAUCACAAAUGGGAUUAAUGCCUGGCUCAGUGGGUCAAGUAGGCCCUAGAGGUCCUCAAGGUCUUCCAGGAAAUCCAGGUGGCAUGGGUCCUCCCGGUCCUAAUGGAGAAGCAGGUGAACCAGGAGCUAUGGGGCCAGUCGGUUCUCGUGGUCCUGAGGGUCCUCCAGGAAAACCGGGUGAAGAUGGUGAAGCUGGAAGGCCAGGACAAUCCGGUGAAACAGGAUUCCCAGGAUCUGCGGGAGCUAGAGGUUUUCCUGGUGCCCCUGGACUUCCAGGUCUUAAAGGACACAGAGGUCAUAAAGGUUUGUUUGGGCCCAAAGGAGAACUUGGCGCAGCUGGAUCCAAGGGUGAAUCUGGCCCUACAGGACCAAUGGGAUUAAAUGGCCCUGCUGGACCUAGAGGAAUGCCUGGAGAAAGAGGAAGGAUCGGAUCUCAGGGAACACCUGGUACAAGGGGUGCUAAUGGACUUGUUGGACUGGCUGGACCAAUAGGCCCUCUUGGGUUGAGUGGUGCACCUGGAUUUCCUGGUAUCCCUGGUAUGAAGGGUGAAGCUGGUCCAACUGGGGCUCGAGGGCCUGAAGGUCCACAAGGAUCAAGAGGUGAAAACGGACAUCAAGGACCUGCUGGUUCACAGGGACUUCCAGGCACUGUAGGAACUGAUGGGGCUUCUGGAGCAAAAGGACCAACUGGGGUCCCUGGAGUUGCUGGAGCACCUGGACUUUUAGGCCCACCUGGAUCUCCUGGACCUCAAGGAAGCACCGGAGCACCGGGUAUCAGAGGCUCUGCGGGUGAUCCAGGAGUAUCAGGCUUCAAAGGAGAAGCUGGGCCCAAAGGAGAACCUGGUCCACAUGGUCCUCAAGGUGCAACAGGCCCACUAGGUGAAGAAGGAAAAAGAGGUCCUCGUGGAGACACAGGCAGUGUGGGACAACCUGGACCAAUUGGUGAAAGGGGUGCUCCUGGUAACCGCGGUUUUCCUGGAUCAGAUGGAUUGCCUGGACCAAAGGGAGCACAAGGAGAAAGAGGAAUUGCAGGAACUUCAGGUCCUAAAGGAGCAAAUGGAGAUCCGGGACGCCUUGGUGAACCUGGCCUUCCUGGUGCAAGGGGUUUAACUGGAAAUCCUGGCGUUCAAGGCCCUGAAGGCAAACUCGGACCAUUGGGAGCUCCUGGAGAAGAUGGUCGUCCUGGCCAACCUGGCCCAAUUGGAAUACGUGGUGAACCUGGCAGUAUGGGACCUGCUGGUCCAAAAGGCCACAGUGGUGAUCCGGGAAAGCCAGGUGAACAAGGCAAUGCUGGAGUUCCAGGUCAAAGAGGAGCUCCUGGAAAAGAUGGUGAAGUUGGUCCUUCUGGCCCUACAGGCCCUUCAGGCCCAGCAGGAGAAAGAGGAGAACAAGGUCCUCCAGGUCCAACUGGAUUUCAGGGUUUACCAGGUCCACCAGGGCCUCCAGGAGAAACUGGAAAGCACGGUGAUGAGGGUGUCCCGGGGGAUCCUGGAGCUGCAGGCCCACUUGGCCCUAGAGGAGAGCGUGGUAAUCCAGGGGAAAGAGGAGAACCUGGAGCCUCAGGAUUAGCGGGGGAAAAGGGUAUGGCUGGAGGCCAUGGACCUGAUGGACCAAAGGGAAGCCCAGGUCCAUCUGGAACUCCUGGUGAUGUUGGACCACCUGGCCUACAAGGCAUGCCUGGAGAGAGAGGUAUAGCUGGCACAUCUGGGCCAAAAGGAGAUAGGGGAGGUGUUGGAGAAAAAGGGUCUGAAGGUACAGCUGGCAAUGAUGGUGCAAGAGGACUGCCUGGCCCUCUGGGUCCUCCUGGAUCUGCAGGUCCAUCUGGGGAGAAGGGUGAGCCUGGGCCACGAGGAGCUAUAGGUCCUGUGGGUUCACGUGGGACUCCAGGUUCCAGAGGAGAAAAUGGCCCAACUGGCCCUGUUGGAUUUGCUGGCCCACCAGGCCCUGAUGGACAACCUGGUGUGAAAGGAGAACCUGGUGAGCCGGGUCAAAAAGGUGAUGCUGGAUCUCCAGGUCCACAGGGACUUGCUGGAUCUCAUGGUCCACCUGGACCUAAUGGUGUUCCUGGACUUAAAGGUGGCAGAGGAACUCAAGGACCCCCGGGUGCAACUGGGUUCCCUGGUUCUGCUGGUAGAGUUGGGCCUCCAGGUUCAGCAGGAGCUGUAGGCCCCGCUGGACCUAUUGGUGAUCCUGGCAAGGAAGGCCCAUCUGGUCUACGUGGAGACCCUGGAGCACAUGGUCGAAUUGGAGACAGGGGUCCUGCUGGUCCUACUGGUAGUCCUGGUGAUAAGGGAGACUCUGGAGAUGAUGGUCAGCCUGGUCCUGAUGGGCCACCUGGUCCGGCUGGAACAACUGGUCAAAGGGGUAUUGUUGGCAUGCCUGGUCAAAGAGGAGAGAGAGGUAUGCCAGGGCUUCCUGGACCAGCGGGUUCUCCUGGAAAACAAGGUUCUACUGGUUCUCCUGGAGACAAAGGUCCAUCAGGCCCUGUAGGUCUUCCUGGUGCUAAUGGUCCAGUUGGAGAGCCAGGUGCAGAGGGUCCCCAUGGUAAUGACGGCCCCCCUGGACGAGAUGGUGCUAUUGGAAAACGGGGUGAUCGCGGUGACCCAGGUCCUGAGGGCCUUGCAGGAUCCCAAGGUGCUCCAGGAACUCCAGGACCAGUAGGUGCCCCAGGUGAAGCUGGGCAAAGAGGUGAACCAGGCUCUCGAGGUCCUGUAGGCCCUUCAGGCAGAGCAGGGAAACGUGGCUUUCCAGGUCCACAAGGCCCCCGUGGAGAUAAAGGAGAUAAUGGAGAAACUGGAGAGAGGGGACAAAAAGGGCAUAGAGGUUUUACAGGCUUGCAAGGCCUUCCAGGUCCUCCAGGCCCAGUUGGUGAACUAGGUAGUGUUGGACCGCUUGGACCUUUUGGCCCUAGAGGCCCCCCUGGACCAGUUGGCCCUCCCGGUAAAGAAGGUAAUUCAGGACCACCUGGACCAAUUGGACCUCCUGGUGUUCGAGGAACUGUAGGCGAAUCUGGACCAGAGGGUCCUCCUGGAGAUUCCGGCCCUCCCGGUCCUCCCGGUCCUCCUGGACUUCUCACUGCAGCACUUGAUGAUUUGAUGGGUGGCUAUGAUGAUACUAUGCCAGAACCACUUCCUGAAUUCACCGAUGAUGAAGCUGCUGGUGAUGAAAACAAAACAGAUCCAGGUGUCGAUGCUAUUAUAAAAUCUCUCAGCGGUCAAAUUGCAACUAUGCGCAGUCCUGAUGGAUCCAAGGAGACCCCAGCGCGUACAUGUGAUGAUCUAAAACGUUGUCACUCUAAUAAGAAGAGUGGAGAAUAUUGGAUAGAUCCUAAUCAGGGAUGCGCAGAAGAUGCUAUAAAGGUUUUCUGUAACAUGGAAACUGGAGAAACAUGUAUAUCUGCAAAUCCAUCUUCAAUACCUCGCAAAACAUGGUGGACUGGUAAAGGAGUGGAUAACUUCAAGCCAAUAUGGUAUGGUGCUGAUAUGAACAAAGGCUCUCAAUUUGUCUAUGGAGAUACUCAGUCACCGAAUACAGCUGUCACCCAAAUGACCUUCCUCCGCCUUCUAUCAAAGGAAGCUUCUCAGAAUAUUACCUACUAUUGUAAAAAUGCCGUUGGAUAUUUGGAUGAAAAAACACAAAACCUAAAAAAAGCUGUCAUCCUUAAAGGUGCAAAUGACCUUGAUAUUAAAGCAGAAGGAAACAGCCGAUUUAGGUAUACAGUUCUUGAAGACAGUUGCUCGAAACGCAGUGGAAAUGUUGGAAAAACCGUCUUUGAAUACAGAACCCAAAAAGUGGCACGCCUACCUAUUAUCGAUAUUGCUCCUGUGGACAUUGGCAGUUCAGACCAGGAGUUUGGAGUUGACAUUGGGCCAGUUUGUUUCUUGUAAAAGAUAAAGGAUUCCAAAGAAUUAAGACUGUCAAAGUUAAUCCUGAGACUCUUGAAAAAUCACAGCUGGUGUUUUGCCAGCACAUGUACAUACCGUUUUCCAUUAUUUUCAUUUUGUUAAUGGCCUUGCCCCUUUCCAAAGUAUUUAUUUUACAUUAAUUUUUAAUAGUUUUGAGCAGAAAUAUAAUUUAAAAGGACCAAUGACCCUUUUGUUAUGCUUUUUAACUGAAGAAGAUUUGUUCUUUAUGUAUGGGCAUGUAAAAAGGGAAUAACAGCUGUGUGGUUACAAAAAGUAUGUUGUUCAGUUCCUUUUGGUAUUCUGUUAUAAUAGAAAAUUUCCAUCUCCAUGGAAUACAGCAACAUUGCUAGAACUUGCCAAGCUUUAAAUUGUCAUUAGUUUUAUUUUUGGAUUUGUUUAAUAAUAAACACAUCUCUUGGGAA